AUGGAAAGUCCAGAGAGGCCUCCAGGGGCCACUGGAGAUCCAGAAAUCAUAGGACCUGGAUCUGGGGUUGAUUCAUCGACACCCUCCCAGGAACCGUCACAGCUACCUCCAACUACCCGUGCACUGUUUGCAGGACUUGGAGACUGUCAGAAACAGUCCAAUGAACCUACUUUGAGCAACAGCGACGCUCUACAAGCGCCACGACAGACUGGAGAAGCCCAACAAGCCCCAGGAACGAUCCUCGAGAAAAGGAAGGCCUCAAGGCUGACUAUAGGAUCUCGGACUCCUAUAACUAGGUCUGGAUUGAGCGCGGCUCCGAAGAGGAAGAUUACACUUACCGCAAUGCGUGCAGCGAGUGCUACUGCAGAGGAUAGCCUCGUGAUGGGCCUGAUCGAGGACCUCAACGGCCAUCUGCAAGAGGCGGUCCACCAGCUCUCCGCGGAGCUGACGACUGCCAGAAACGUGAUCAAUACCCAACAGGGCCUCAUUACUACUCUCAACGCUAGGCUAGAGAGCCUUGAAACUUACGUGAACGCGCUACAAAGCCGUCAAAUCCUACCACUCGACCCCUUCGCUGCAACGCGUGAGGUUGCGGCGCACGGGCCACCGCCAAGAGCCGCUUCCAUGGGAGGUUUAGCGUCCACCCCAAUACAGCUAGAUGCCGCGCCUGAGAGCCGCGCGAUAAACUCAACCGCACCUCAGCCUCCACCGCGAUAUCAGAAUCCAACAAAGGCUACGAAGCAAGCCAUACAGCCACCUGAGGGCCCUAAAAAGGUACCUGGAACCGCCGCGAAGACCACUAAACAGCCCGAAACUACCGCUAAGCCACUGACCAAGCCCGCACCUACGAAAUGGGCCGCUAUUGCCGCGAAUAACACCCAAUCUGGAGGAUGGAAAACCGUCCAACGACGAUAUCCUAAAGAUGCUCCUACCGCAUUGAAAGCCGAUAUCCUCUUAGCCCUUAACCGUGCCCUUGCUAAGGCAGGUUUUCCUGACUUUGUAAGAGCGGUCGAUUCUGGAUACGCGGCCUCAGGGGCCUUAACAGUGCUCCUAGAGCGAGGCACUCGCAGCAGCACCCUCGUGCCCGUCUACAACGAUACUCUACUAGCCGCUGCAGUGCCUGUGGACCGCUAUAUGUAUAAUGACCAAGGCCUAGCACUAGCCCAAGAAGAGAUUGAGCUGGGAACACUAUAUAGGCUUAAACGAGAGCCAACGUGGCUCAAAAGAGCCAAGACUAUACAGGCUAGCAACCAGAGAUUUGCCACGAUUGUGAUCACAGUAGGUUCUUUGGAGGAAGCUCGAACACUGAUCAAUAAAGGCAUCAAGUUUGGAGGCCGACACCAUCGAGUAGCACCUUAUUGGGAGUCAAAUCCUGAGAGUAUCUGCCCUCGAUGCUGCGGAAUUGGCCACUCUGGCUUCAUGGCUUGUGGUGGCAGGUCUCCUAAAUGCGCGAUCUGCGCAGGUGAUCAUGAGGCAAUAGAGCACUCAUGUAUAGUAGUGGAUUGUAGGGUUGGGCCAGCUAAACCUUGCAAACACACAGUGAUCAAGUGCGCUAACUGCAAAGGUGCACACGAGGCUACAUCUCCUAAGUGCCCUAAAGCUAGGGAGGCUCGUCAAAGGGCUAUCCGGAGAAUGAGGGAACAAUCCUUACAAGACCUCAUCCCAUUAGAUGAGACAUUCGCGGUAGUGCCUCCAAAACCAGUACUGACCUCGGAGGAGAGAUCUGGACAGUCUCUAGAGGAGGAGACGUCAACUCCAGAAGAAGAUGAAUUGCUGCCUAAGAUGCAAUUAGAGGCUGACAUUCAUGAGGGAAAUAGCCAACAACCACUAGAGCCAGAGCUCAAGUCAGCCACUGAAGCGCCUCAAAGUGAGGAUCUAUGA